UAAAUAAUGAAAGUAUCAUCAAUACUGCUCGGUGUUCUUGCUUCUACAGUGUUAGCCCAGGCCUCUGAAGAUGACAACAAUGCCGGGAUUGAAACAGGUGCCACUGGCAGAACCACGGACGAUAAAGAAUUGGAGUUCAAAUUGAUUGCAAACAACGCCUUAUCAGAGGAAGAUGGAUACAAUUUGACCUUUGUGAGAGUGACUGGUAAUUGGAUUGUUGAUGAGGCCGAUGCUGAAGUUUUCACCAAUGGUGUUUCUCAAAAACUCAACCCUGAUAUUGUGGGCGAAAGUGCCGUUGAGUUCACAAUUCCAAUAGUAUUGGAUGAUGGCCAAAGCUUCCAUGCCGAGGUUAAAGCCAAUGUUAAGGCUGCAGAUGUGAACGUUACAACCACUUUCGAUGCUGAAUUCAUUCUAUCGUUUGUCAAUGGAGAUGGCGAGACAGUUGACCGAACUUUCACGGCCAGUACUGUUGUUGAUUGGAACGUGGUAUCUGAUGACGAUGAUGGAAACACUGAUGAUGACGAUGAUGGAAACACUGAUGAUGACGAUGAUGGAAACACUGAUGAUGACGAUGACGACGACGACGACUUUGACGAUGAUGGAAAUGUACCAAUGCCAGUUGUUAUCACCACAGGAUCCACUUCUGAUGAGGACCUUGAAUUUGAACUGUACGCUACAAACUCACUUGCUGAAGAAGAUGGUUAUAACGUUUCAAGGGUUGAUGUAACCGGUAACUGGUUUGCCAAAGAUGCCGAUGGCGAGAUCUUGACACCGCAGUUAGAACCGCAAGAACUUGAUGGUGAAAUCGCCAGUGAUGGUUCUGUCUCUUUUACACUGCAAAACCCACUUUAUGACGACCAAGUUUAUCAUCUUAAGAUUGACGCCAAUGUGAAGCCUGAGGAUAUCAAUGUCACCAUCACUUUUAUUGCCGAUUUUGUCAUCACCUUUGUCAAUGCUGAUGGUGCUGAGAUUGAAAAGACGUUCAGCGCAACAACGGAUGUUGACUGGAGUAUAUUUGGUACAGAAUCUGAUGAUGACGAUGAUGACGACGAUGAUGACGACGAUGAUGAGCUUCUUCCAAUAACAGCAGCUUACCGUGGUGACAACCAAACAGUUUUCUUUGAACUCUGGGCAAGAAACAGACUUGCAGACGAAUCUGGAUACCUCGUUACGAAUGUUGCAAUAGUAGGUGACGGUUGGAAGCUCAUUUCACUUGGUGCGGAGGCGUAUACAACGAGCGACAUUGCUGCUUCCAAAACUGCAAUCACAAAUGAUCAAUUGGAGACCAACGUUGUGAAUGGUAACUCUGGUGAUGUUGAAGAUUAUAACCCAGAGAUUGAAGUUUCUCUUCCAGGUGGUCUUCCAGGUGGUGAAGUUCUCCACAUUAAGCUGGAAGGUGAGUAUGAGAAUUUGGGAGAGAUCAAAACCACUUUCACUAUAACAUUUACCAGUGUGGAUGCUAUUGGAAGACUUCAGAAGAGAGACGAGGACUUUAUUACAAAGGUCUAUGUUGCAAGUUUGACCAUUGAAUCUGAUGGCGGUUCAGAUGGUGGUUCAGAUGGUGGUUCAGAUGGUGGUUCAGAAGGUGGUUCAGAUGGUGGCUCUGAUAACUCUGGUGGCUCUGAUAGCUCUGGUGGCUCUGAUGGUGGCUCUGAUAGCUCUGGUGGCUCAGAUGGUGGCUCUGAUAGCUCAGAUGACGACUCAGAUGAUGACUCAGGAUCUAACGCUCAACCUGACACAACCCUCACACAAUCCACAAGAGAACCAGCUCCAACAGCAACAUCCUCCGCAACACCAUCGCCUAUAGUGACCAACGAUACAGCAAACCAGGGUGGUAAAUCAGGCAUGGCAUCACAAUUCGGCCUCUCAGUGCUAAUUUUAUUACUGAUUUGAAAUCUACUUCCUACUUUCUUUAUAUCUUCUAUGCUUUAUUUACAUGACAACAAAUUGCAAACGUC